AAAACUGUGCUAAUGAUACCAGACUGUAUUCUUGGACCUGCAUGGUGCAUCUCCAAGUUCCGCUGGAAAAAAAAUCAUGCUAAUCUAAGCUUUAAGAAUGUGUUGUGGAGAAGACAAUUCAUUCUGUCACUUGGGGAAUAGAUGAGUCAGUGUAGGAAACCGGUUCACAUUAUGUAUUUAGACUGUCCUGUCCUAUCUGAUGCCACUUAGAUUUCCGGCCGUCGAUUUAGGAUUUGCGUACAUGACUCUGACUGGAGAUGGUGUACCGGAGUCCGCUGGAUUAUGUUGCGUAGAGACAUAAGAAAUAUCCACAGCCAAGACGCAAAAUGAGGCGAUUCGUUUUAAUUCAUGUCUGGCUUUUUGCGGGGUUUCAGCGAGUCCUUAGUGUUGAUCUGAAGGACGUACCGACUCUUGGAUCUAAAAAUACCCCGAGGCUGCUGAGCAAAGAUUCAGUCGUUGGUGGAUUUGAAUACCAUGUCAAUCAAAAACACAGCGUGCUAUUCUAUCAAGAGGACUCCGAGGAGAUGUAUGUUGGGGGGACUGAUUUUGUCCUGAAGCUCGAUAUGGAUGACUAUCACGUUAUUGAGAAGUUUCCUCUGAAAACAACAGGGCAACAGCAGUGCCAAGAGGGUCCCUGUGAAAAUGUGAUCACGGUCAUUGAGAAGUUUCAGGACAGCCUGUUUGUCUGUGGAACAAAUGGACACAAACCGCAGUGUUGGAAACUUGUGAGUUUUUCAUCAGUGAACAAUCAGUCUCAUGAAAUAGUGGAGAGUUAUGAAGGGACGGGCAUCUCUCCGUUUGUGUACACCCAGAACUCCCUGUCACUCACAGUUGAGGAGGACCUAUAUGCAGCAGCGCCUUUGGGUACUGACAGAAGUUCAUUACAAUUCAGAAGGAAAGCUGGCAGUAGAACUAAUGUCUGGAUGUAUGAAAACUGGGUGACAGAGCCUACAUACAUUUCUGCAUCCUGGGUGAAGCGAAAAGAAGAUCCAGAGAAUGAGAAAAUUUACAUCUUUUUCCGUGAAAAGAACUCAGACCACAGUCCAGAGGCUGACCCCUGGAUAUCUAGGGUUGCCAGAGUUUGUAAGGUAGAUGAAGGCGGAUCAAAGAGAUUCUUCCAGAACAUCUGGACAUCUUUCCUAAAAGCUCGCCUCGUCUGCGGGUUUCCAGAGGAGUCACUGUAUUUCAGCCGUCUCCAAGACAUUUAUGUGGUGCAUGCUGAGGACUGGCACGACACCAGAGUCUAUGCUCUCUUCACAAGCAGCUGGAACUCUACAGCAGUUUGCAUCUAUUCCAUAGGAAUGAUUGAAGACGUAUUUGAGAACUCAACUUUCAAAGGCUAUGACAAAGAUAUUCCAAAACCCAGGCCAGGAACAUGUGUAAAAAACAGCAAGAGCCUGCCACUGACCACAGUCAAUAUGGUGAAGGAUUACCCAGAAAUGACUGACUGGGUUCACUCUGUGCACUACACAGCCCCAUUUUAUAUAAGCAGCAACAACUACACCAAGAUAGUUGUGGAUCAAGUUCAAGCAGUGGACCAGCACAUGUAUAGAAUCCUGCUUCUAGCCACAGAUUCUGGGAAGGUCCAUAAAAUCUUAGAGGCUGGAUCUGAACCUUUCAUCAUCUCUGAAACGCAGCUGUCCAACAGUUCCACAAUACAAUCAGUGAAGCUUGACUCCAAAAAGAAAAAGUUAGUCGUGGGUUUUUCAGAGGAGAUCUCCAUAGUGGACCUCCAGAGGUGUCAGGAGUACAACAGCUCCUGCGCAGAUUGUGUUCUGGCCCGGGACCCAUAUUGUGCCUGGACUAAGUCUGGAUGUGUCCCGACUGUCCCUGGGGCUAUUCAAAAUGUCAUGGAUGGGAAAACAACUGUGUGCUCGAGAUCAUUAGAAGAAAGCAACACAGUAAGCCGCACCAAACGGGACAUAGAAUCAACAUCACCAGUCAAUUUGGGGACAAUGAUUUCAGUUCAUUCAGUCCCCCUGGGCGUCCCUUUCUAUCUGUCUUGUCCAAUAGACUCUUACCACGCCGUCUACACCUGGGAGCAUAGAGGCCAGAGCAGCCCUUGCCUGCAAAUGCAAUCUAACUGCCUGCACCUCAUCCCUGCCAUGGCACAAGAGAACUAUGGCAUGUACGAGUGUGUUUCCAAAGAGAAAGACUACACCAAAGAGGUGAAAAAAUAUCAUCUUACAAAGCAAAUAAUCCCAGACACCCGGGUGGAUCUUGAUAUCCAUUAUAGAAAAAAUGGUGCAUCUGUUUUGUCAAAUACAGUAUCGGCCAUUGGACUUGGACUGGCUGCAGCACUCUUGCACUAAUAACAAUUUAAACUUCACUCUACUUUCUAUUUGAAAGGUCUUCCUGUUUCUUAAAACCCUCGCAUUUGAAAAUGUUCUGCCCAUUGCUAAUAAGGCCAGGACACAGGUAACACUAAAGGAAAUCCACUGAAACUCCAAGGAUAACAGCUGGAACUGGAACAUUCUAAAACCUUGAGCUAGUCUUUGUGCAUAUGGUCACAUAGUAGACGGGUUUGGCUGAAAAGUUAGGUUUCAAGUCUACAGGAACAGGCUGUAGCCAAGUUUGCUGCAUUGUUUAAAGAGAGGCCAGAACAGGAAAAGGUUGCUAUGAUGGAGUAAGAAAGCAGUAGGACACAGCUUAAAAGCUGAGAGGCCCUAAUGUUUCCUAAUAGUGUUUGCUUAGCUCUUGACUUGAGCAUCCUGAAUGAAGUACUGCAAUGUUUCAUUGACUGAGCACUUUUAAAGCAAGUAAAAAUGGAAGGUGUAAUGAGUAAUCUGAAGGAAUACACUUUUACAAGGUUCAUUCUCUGUAUGACCAUAACAAUCAAACCAACCACACCCUUAAAAUGUUGUGAUCAUAAAAGCUUCCAGUCAGACACCCACCACCAUAUAAAAUACAGGAAGUAAGAGUGGUGUAGUUCUAAGUUCUGCACAUGACGAGGUCAGUUUGCAACUCUUUGGUUUAUUAGAGGUCAGGGAAAUGUAAUGUUCCUUUGUGGAUCUCCUCUGUGCCCCGCUCAGAUUAUGUCCUUCACAGAGUUGCAUUAAUCAGUAAAGGGUGGGCACACCCGGAGACCUUCACUUCAGUGUUUUGUUCAACUCCUCCAACUGUGGGAGGGAGCUGUUAGGAAAACAAUGAGAAAUGUUUUUCUACAGAGAAAACAAUGUGUAGCUCCUAGAAUAAAAGGCACUUUGUUUUUUUUGCACGUCAGUUCUGGCCAAAAGUACAACUUUCUUUGAAUUCUGUAUUUAUAUACAGAAACAUAGAACAUAUUUGAGAUGGUUGUUGCAGGGAAUGGUUUUGACUCUAUCUACAGAAUGUGCACACUGUCACUUAAGAUUUUAAACAGCUACUUUUCUAGCUGCUUUUCUAGUUCUUUAUAUGAAAGCGAGACUCUGUAAGAAGAACAGCUGUUGCCACAACUGAUAAUUUUGAGACUAACUCAUAGUGCAGCAGUAGCAAAAUUAGAGACAAGUCAGAGAACUAGCAAUAUCUAACUUAAGUUUGCUAGCAAAACUAAGCAAAACCCCUCAUUGUAAUGAAGUGAAUUCUGGUAUAUUUUAUAUUGUAUGAAUUCAACUUUUUGCUUGUAAGAAAAUGAAUGUUAUUUCUUUUUCCAUUGCAUGAUAAAGUUACUGGGCUAAAUGUAUUUAUUAUGUAUAUUUUGGUACGAUCUUAAUGUUUAUUUUUUGCUAGAUCUGUUAUUUUAGGGAGGGUUUUGAAACUCAAAAGUAAUAUAUGUCCAUACAAUGUCAAAACAUGUUUAUUUUUGCAUAAUCUUUGCUUUCCCAAUUAUUAAAAUAAAUAAGAGAAGAAGAAUG